AUGUCGACGCUGCUGAACCUGGACAGCUAUCGGCAUGAGCUGUACGAGCAACAGCAGCAGUUGCUGGCUGCAUCGCCGGAUCCGUACACCAUUCUGUCGAUGGACACACCGCCAACGGCAGCAACAGUGGCCAGUGUUGGAGAUUCGCACCAUUUUAUGCUCGAUCCCGACCGAUCGUACGCCAGUGCGCGAUCACCUUCGUCAUCGUCCGCAUCACCAUCGUCUCCGGGAUCGAUCGCGUCACCUAGCAGCCGGGCCAGCACCAGCAUGUCCCCGCAGUCCAGUGCCAGUGAUCAUUCGGCAUCAUACACGCUCCAAAACCUCACGCUGUCCGGUAACAGCAGCUCGAUGCAGUAUUCAGGCGUCGGCAUCGGUUAUCCGCAGCAACAGCAGCAACAACAACAUCAACAACACCAGCAGCAACAGCAACAGCAACUUCAUCAAAUGUCACAACAGCACCAGCAGCAGCAGCAACAACACUAUUAUGCUCCCCAGUUGCUGUGCCUCGAGCAGGAUAACCUCCAAACGUCAUACGUGUACACGGUGCCCGCGAAUGAUGCAUUUGCAACCCCGAAAGCGGACUACAGUAAGCCACACCUGGUGAUCCUGGAACAACCCGUCGACAAGUUUCGGUUCCGUUACCAAUCCGAGAUGCACGGUACACACGGUUCCCUCAUGGGCAUCCACACGGAGAAAGCCAAGAAGACGUUCCCGACGGUGGAGUUGCGUGGGUACGUCGGUGAGGCGAAGGUACGGUGCUCGCUGUACCAGGUCGAUCCGCAACGGCGUGCUCCACAUUCGCACCAUCUCGUGAUCAAGUCCGGUGAGCUGGAUCUGAUCGAUCCGCACGAUCUGGAUGUGGGAGGACCGAGUGGAGAAUCCUCGGCCAGUGGAGGUGGAGGAUAUGUGGCCACGUUCCAGGGCAUGGGCAUCAUCCACACGGCAAAGAAGUUUAUUGGCGAGGAGCUGUACAAGAAGCUGCGCAAGCAUCGGUUGUGUGAGCUGAACCGGGAACCGACCGAGCGUGAGGAGCAGCAGAUGCAGAAGGAAGCAGCCGUAAUGGCACGCUCGAUGAACCUGAACCAAGUGUGCCUGUGUUUCCAGGCGUACCGGGUUGAGCCGGCCACCGGUCGUUGGUUGCCACUAUGCGAACCUGUCUACUCGAACGCCAUCAACAACAUGAAAAGCGCCCUCACCGGGGAACUGAAGAUCUGCCGGCUCAGCACCGCCAUCAGUGGUGUGGAAGGUGGUGAGGAGGUGUUUAUGUUUGUGGAGAAGGUGUGCAAAAACAACAUCAAGAUCCGGUUUUUCGAGCUGGACGAGUACGAUCAGGAGGUGUGGCAAGAUAUGGCCGUGUUUUCGGAGGCGGAUGUGCAUCAUCAGUACGCGAUCGCGUUCAAGACGCCCCCGUACCGGAACAAGGACAUCGUCGAGCCGGUCGAGGUGUACAUGCAGCUGUACCGGCCAAGGGACCGCUGCCAGAGCGAACCGGUCACUUUUAAGUACAAACCGCGGCCAGGCAUGCUGGCUGUUGGUGGUGGUUCCGGAAGUGGCUCCCGCAAGCGACUGCGCGUCAGUUCCGGUAACGUGUCCGGCGAAAUUCCAACCGUCAUCCCGAACGAUCCCAACGGUCCAGGGAGUGCCGGUGGAGGAGGAACAGGCGGUGGUGGUGGUGGUGGUGGGUCAGGUAUCAACGUUGGUGUCGGAAUCGGUGUUGCAGGAUCGAGUGCCAGGCUACCCCCGUUGCAUCAACCCUUCCCGAUGUUAGCCAGUCACGGAGGUUCGAUUCCAGAGGAACAUGAACCCUCCUCGACGACGGUAACGACAACGACCACGACGCCGCAUCAUCAGGAUAUUCUGGGAGCGUCGACGGCUAGUAUCGCUCGGGCAAGCAUCAUACAGGAGAUACUGAACAUUCCGACCACGAUCGCCACUGAUGUGGCGUUCGAUUCGAGUGACUUCCGCUGCGACUCGGAAGAGUUCAACAAGCUCAUCCAGGAGAUCGGCAACCAGCAGGACCUCGUGAAGUUGGAAACGGACACGGGAACCGGUGACGAAGCCACGGUACAAUCGACGGACAGUGCGCUGGCGCAGGCCAUCGGUGAGUUCGUCGCAUCCGGUGACGACGCCAAGCAGGGUGAGAUGCUACGGAAACUGCUCAUGUUGGUCAAGCUGUUCGCGAGGGACACGAACAGAUCCCGGCAAUUGCUCACCUCCCAUUGGACCGCAUCCAAUCAGCAGCAGUUCAAUUGCCUACACGCCGCCAUUCGACGCAACGAUACAACGGUUGCUACCAAGUUGAUCGAGUUGCUGGUUGAGUUGAAGCUGGCCGAGGAGCUGCUGGAUCUACCGAAUGAUCGCAACGAAACAGCCCUCCACCUGGCGGUAUCGAUCAACAACGUUUCGAUCGUAGAGGCGCUCUUAAGAGCGGGCGCUCAGCUGCACUACUGUGACUUUCGCGGAAACACGGCACUGCAUCGAGCCGUGGUCGAGAACGUACCGGACAUGGUACGGAUCCUGCUGCGACACGAUCACUCCACGUCCCGGCUUGAUUGCACCAAUGACGAUGGACUGACGGCGUUGCAAGCGGCCGUUUACGCUCGGAAUCUAAAGAUCACCCGUAUCCUGAUUGAAGCAGGCGCCCCAGUACACGAGAAGGACCUCAAACACGGCAACAACAUCCUGCACAUCGCGGUAGACAAUGAUUCGCUGGACAUCGUAAACUACAUACUCGAAAACGUGGCCCACGAAGUGGGACGCGAGCGGAACAACGCCGGCUACACCCCGUUGCAGCUGGCAAACGCCAAGAGUCAGACGGGACAGGGAAACAACAAGCUGAUCGUGCGAGAACUCCUUCGCCACGAUCCGGACGGGUUGCAGUACGCGCUGAAAGCGUCGGUAAUUCGCGAUUCAGCUGAGGACGGCGAGGAUAACGAGGACGAGGAAGAUGAUGAGGACGAAGACGAAGAGGAAGCGGAAGAGGGCGAAGCUCACAGGGACACGGUGAUACGAGAACGGGGACCAGCGAACGGCGGAUCCGUGCUGGAUUCGAUCGAUCUCAGCUGCGAUCGGGCUAACAUUGCUCGUUUGCUGGAGGAACACGAACCGGAGAGCUCGGAUUACCGUCAGCAGGAAACGCAGCAGGAACGUAACGGUUCUACGGUCUCUUCCGGUCCGAGCGAACGGUCGGAGAGUGCGCUUUUCGACGAAAAGUGCCUAGAUGAGUUGUGCCGGCUGUUAAACGUGGAUGGCACCUGGCGUGAGCUAGGAUCCCUGCUCGAUUUCCACGCGUUCUUCAGCGUAUGGGAACAGGUUACGGAUCCAGCCCGGAUGCUGUUCGGUUACGUCGAGAUGCAAAACAUUCCAAUUGAUCGAGUGAUCGAGCUGUUGCGGCUGCUGGAGCUACGCGAAUGCAUCCGCUGUAUCGAUGAGAUGAUCUGCCGCCGGAUGAAGUGACCGCUCUCCCACGUUCCCGCUUCUUCCCCCAUAUUGGGCAACAAUCAGAUAGCUCGGUGGUGCUCUGGGCCGUCGUCUCCGCCAGCCACGGGUGCCGCAGGGCCUUCCGGGCCGUCAGUCGCCGCUCGCCGUCCCGCACCAGCAGCUUGCGGACGAAGUCCUUCGCGCUCUCUGACACCGCGUCGAACGAUUUGUACUCGAACGAGUACGUACCCUGCAGGACGUUGUACAUCGUCGCCUGGUCGUCUCUGCCCACGAACGGCGACAGCCCGGACAGUCUGUCCGCGGUUGGUUGUGGCCACAAAACGGCAAAGGCGCACCAUAGGAUGGCGCGGUCAGACAGGCACGAGCAUGGUGAGCAUAUGUAAGGACGAUCGCGAUGGUGGAUGGGCGAAGGCAGGAUGAGAAGGGCGAGAUGAUGGUGGUGGUGCGCAACGGAAGGAUAACGAGAAGGAGAGAAAGAGAGAAAGAGAGAAAAAGCAAGAUACAGUGAAACAGGCGAAAAUCAAGACCGCGAAUGGCCAUUCGUGACAAGUGUCCGGAAGAUCGGGAAGGCGACACGGUUCGGGGAAGGAUAGGAUAACGUAAGCAGUUAGAGUGGCAAAGUUUCACGUUAUUCAGUUUUUCUAUAAG